UUUCCUCCUGAGUCUGUAAUUCUUACUUUAUAAUGAUUCCUAAAUAGUUCUAUUCUCAUACAGUCUGUUUAUUUAUCCUGUAGACGUGAGGAAGUGUUUGUGGCUGGUUGUAGUUGUUCAGUUCUUCAAGAUGUCAGAAAGAAAAGUUUUAAACAAAUAUUACCCUCCUGACUUUGAUCCAUCAAAAAUCCCAAAACUUCGAACUCCCAAAAACAGAACUUUCAGUAUUCGCAUUAUGGCACCCUUUAACAUGAGAUGCAAUGUGUGUGGUGAGUACAUCUACAAAGGGAAAAAGUUUAAUUCGAGGAAAGAAAAUGUUGAUGAUGAGGAUUAUCUUGGUCUCCGCAUCUUUAGGUUUUACAUUCGUUGUCCAAAAUGUGUGGCUGAAAUCGCAUUCAAGACAGACCUUCGUAAUACAGACUACACUUUAGAAGCAGGAGCAACAAGACUAUUUGAGGCAGAAAAGUUGGCUCAGGAAAUGGCAGAAAAGGAACGAAAAGAAAAGGAAGAAGAGGAGCUAAACCCUAUGAAGGUGUUGGAGAACCGCACCAAGGCCAGCCGCAAUGAGAUGGACCAACUAGAUGAGCUUGAGGAACUUAGAGAGAUUAAUGCACGCCAUGCCAAAGUAGAUACGGACUCUCUGAUUGAGAAACAGAAGGUGUAUGAAGAGUACCUUCUCAAACUGCAGCAAGAGGAGGAAGAUGAACUUGUUCAAUCAAUCCUUGCUAAACAGACAGGAGGUACAAUCAAGAGACUAGCUGACUCUGACAGUGACGAGGAAAGCAACAAGCCAACAAUUAAGAAGCCUACCAAGCCUACUGAUGUACUUACUGAGGAAAAGAGUGAAACACAGGAAACCCUGCAGUUGCCUAGAAAAGAAGAGUUGUGGAAAAAGAGUGUUGGAUCCUUUUCUUCAAAGGCUAAGAUGGCUGCCUUGGUAAAAAAGAAGCAUAUUUCUAAAAGCACCGAGAACAAGGACAGCAACAACUCCAGUGACCAUAACAGUACCGACAACAGUGAAAAAAAUAGUAUUAACACUGAAAGUAACAAAAUUAGCACUGCUGCCGCUGUGCCUUGUAACAGUACUGCUUCAGCCAGCAGUAGUCUUGGUUUGCUGAGUGCUUAUGGUGAGGCUAGUGAUGGAACAGAUUCAAAUUGAGAAUAUUGGAUUUUUUUAGGUUUUCUUCCUUUUUCAUUUUUAAGGAGGCAUUGUGAUGUGGAACAACAUGGGUCAUUGGGAUUACAUUAACUACUACCAGUAGCAUACUGACCAUGAUUUAUAAAUGUGCUCUCCAAAAAAAAUAUAUAUAACCUAGAUUUUUGUGUUUAAA